AUGAAACAAAAAAUUAAGUUACUUUUAUUUAUUAAAAUUGCUGAGUUUGUGCUUUUGUCCGGGAUAUGCCAUUUUAAGAAUUGUGUGAGUAUAUUUAAGAAUUCUGUAGAUGAUAAAUGCAUUCAUGGAAAGAAAAUGGAUGCAAGAACAUAUAGGAUACUAGCAAAAUAUAAACACGAUAAGGAUUCAAAUUUGUUAUGUUUAAAAGAGGAUAUACGUAAUUACGAAAAGAAGUUAAGAGAAAAAAACAAAUGGUCUAAUGAAAUUUCAUCAAUGAGUAUAAGAGGCCAUAAACAACAUAUGAAAAAUAAAUCUUGUAUGUUUGAAACAAAAAAAUAUUCCCAUAUGGAAAAAAAAAUAUUCAAAGAACUUGAUUAUAUAGAUUUUCUUCAGAACACCAAGACUAUAAGUGAUAAAAUUUUCAGAAAAACAGUAUUUAAAAAAUACAGAGUACGAAUUAUUUUACCUUUAUUCUUGUUCAUAUUAUUAUCAACCUACCUAAUAUUAGAUUUUUCUGGUGGAUAUGGACUUGGAGGCCGGUUGCUAAGUGUGUUGAAUAGAAUACUUGGAAAGGGGUGGUCUGCGCAUUUACGUUCUUUUUUGAAAAAUCUUAAUUUAGAUUUCUUAUGGCCACAAAUAAAUAUGGGAAGUAGUGGAAAAACGUGGACGCUUAUGACUAAACCUUUUCUAAUAUAUGUAAUUUAUUUAAUACCUUUCUUAAUACUAGGUUUCACCACAAUAUUAUACAUUUUUUACUACCAUAAAAAAGUUAAAAAAUAUCAAAAAAUUAAGUUCAGAAAAAGGUAA